GUUCAGGAUAACCUUUUUGAAUGGCACUUCACAGUUAGAGGACCCCCAGAUUCUGAUUUUGAUGGAGGAGUUUAUCAUGGACGAAUAGUACUGCCACCAGAGUAUCCCAUGAAACCACCAAGCAUUAUUCUCCUAACGGCUAAUGGACGAUUUGAAGUAGGCAAGAAGAUCUGUUUAAGCAUCUCAGGACAUCAUCCUGAAACUUGGCAGCCUUCAUGGAGCAUAAGGACAGCAUUACUGGCCAUUAUUGGGUUUAUGCCAACAAAAGGAGAGGGAGCCAUAGGAUCUUUAGACUACACGCCCGAGGAGAGAAGAGCACUUGCCAAAAAAUCACAGGAUUUCUGUUGUGAAGGUUGUGGCUCUGCCAUGAAGGAUGUCCUAUUGCCUUUAAAAUCUGGAGGUGAUUCAAGCCAAGCUGACCAAGAAGCCAAGGAACUGGCUAGACAAAUUAGCUUUAAGGCUGAAGUCAAUUCAUCUGGAAAGACUAUCGCUGAAUCAGACUUAAACCACUCUUUUUCACUAAAUGAUUUACAAGAUGAUAUACCCACAACAUUCCAGGGUGCUGCAGCUGGCACAUCGUAUGGAGUCCAGAAUCUGGCUGGAGUGUCAUUGCAACAACCUGCCCAACCAGCAGCUAAGAAUACCUCCAUGAGUCCCCGACAGCGCCGUGCCCAGCAGCAGAGUCAAAGAAGGUCAUCCACUUCCCCCGAUGCGAUCCAGGGCCAGCAACCAAGGGACAACCACACCGAUCAUGGCGGCUCUGCCGCGCUGAUUGUCAUCCUGACUCUGGCGUUGGCAGUACUUAUAUUCCGGCGAAUAUAUCUGGCCAAUGAGUACAUAUUUGACUUUGAGUUAUAAUACUGUUUGUGACUUAAGAGCUAUGACUCAAUUGCUUCAUUAAACAUUCUGCAUUGGGUAUAACCUAAGAAUUGUUUACAAAAAGAUUAUUUUAUAUUUACCCUUCAUUACUUUUUUUAUACUUAUAAAUUCAUUAUAAGUAUAGCAAAACAUUCAGGCUAUGGUCCAACUGUUUGUCCUGCUCAGAUGGAGGGACUGGAAGUCAUAGUUCCUUGUCUUCCUAUUUGAUCUACUUCACAAUUUACUGUUGCUGCUCAUGCCUAAGCUGCUUUUUCUAUAGAUUUGCAAUACUUUUCUAUAUAAUCCUUUGAAAUUUUCAGGUAAAAGAUGGUGUUUUCACUUCCCAUGAGUAUUAGUAGUUACUCAAUAUCAUUUAUUGGGUGCUCUCUUUCUACUUAUAUAGAAUGACAUGGGGAUAGAAGAGUUGGAAAGGGAAGCAGAACUCCACAGACCUCUUGCAAAGCGUCAUUCAUAGAUGGUAUGCUGGCAUUGCCCGUUCUGUGACCUUGUUUGUAUUCUAAACUUUCUUCAGUGAAAAUCAUUUUAUUUUGAUCAAACAUGUAUGAAGAUCUUUGUUAUAUUUUUGUUUUUGAAUGUUACUUGAAGAGGAAAUACUUUGUAAAAACUUUGAUAUACUGUUGACAUCUCAUCCCAGUGUGCACACAGAUUAAAAAGAAAACAGGCCCUCACAGACCUUUGUCUUAAGAAAGAAAGGAUCCAAACCAGGAAAUAAUUUGAGUUUUUUUCCCAGAAAUUAAGUGAGAGGAUCAUAAAGUUUGAAUGAUUGCUUUGCUUUCAAUCAGACAUGGUUUGAAUUGUAUUAUAUGCCCAGCUCUGUAAUCACUAUAGAUUUUAAUUACUCCAGGAAUAUGCAUAAUAUUGAAAUAUUUUACAUACCAUUUUGAUAGGAAAACUCAGGGCCCAAGUAAUAGUGAUAGAAGGUUUAAGAAAAACAAAAACAAACCUUUAUUUAGAAUUGUCCCUUAAUCAAAGCCUAAGAAAGAUCUUCAGUCAAAAAAUUAAUAUAUUCUUUAAUGCUAACCAACUCCACGGAUGCUAAUAUUUAAUUUUAUCAUCACAAUGCCUAGUGAGACCACUUAAGAAAAAAUUGCCUUCAGCAUGUCCCUCAGCAACCUUCCAGGCACUCCUGAGGGCCCUGUGAUGGUUUAAUUAGAAAAUAUGAAUAGUCCCCAGCUCUUUAAACAUAUUAUGCUCUGAAAGUCCAUUUAUAAGUUUUUUGAAAAAUACAAUUGAACGUAAGUGGUAUAUACAUUCUAGACUAGUCAACAAAAGUUAGCUCAUAUGUAUUUUAAAUGUUUGUGGAAGAGUAAUCAUAAAUUUCUUAUGAGGUUUUAAAUAAGUAAAAUUAUAAGCAAGAUAAAAGCAGUUCACAAAAUCAUUUUAAAGGGGGAAUUUGAUUUCGUUCCUGUGGUAUGAUUUUGGACCUGUUAACCAUUGGACAAAAUUUCCGUUUUCAUUUGGUAGCCAGUUUUUUGUUGUUAUUUUUACAUUAAAUUUUUUAAAAGCAGUGUAGAGUAAUCUUAAACUGUCAUAGAUUGGCAUUUUACAGUUAUUCACAGAUUGUUUCUAUUAUGUCUAAAAGCCUAAGAACUUUGUGAAGACCUCAUGUCAGGAAGAUUAUAGGUUACCAUUUUAUCAUUUUCUUGACAUAAAUGUAUAUUCUGAAGUCUUGGUUUAUAAUGCAGGAUAUGAGAAACAUUGGGUCAGUGGUCUCUUAGUAAGAAGUCAUUACCCAACUGGGAAGCUCAGUAGCCUUAUUACUUAGGAGAGAAAGCCCUACACCCUCACCCUGUACUGAGAUGUGUGCUAGAACAAUCUUCCAUUCCUCUCAGUCAGACUUGAGCCAGCUGCAGAUCUCUGAUCUUGCUGCGUGUUUCCGUGGGUAUGCCUAUACUUCACAGUCCAGCCCCGAGCAGACCCCUCCCUUGUCUGCCUUGCGCCUCUUCUCCCACUUGUCUGCUAACUGGCUACCGCCUUGUUUGUAUUGGAAUUUUUUUAGACCCUGAGACACAUCAAAAUGACACGUUUUGCUCUUUCACUUCACAUACACUCUCUAAAAAUCCUUGAAUUGUCAGUCUGAUCCAUACCUUGGGGUCAGUGAGCCCACUGAAGGACCUCUGUUGUUAAAAACUCAGUUUAACCCCUUCAUUCCAGUAUAAGGCCAAAAGGAUGUCAAAUCUAGUAGGCAAAAUCUUAGAACUCCCAUUUCCCCAGUUCUCAGAUUUAGGAACUAAGGCUUCUUCAUUGACCAACGUAGCACAUAACUACAUGUCAGGGUAGUUAAAAUAGCAUGCUUGAAAAAAAUAUAUGCCUGUUUUACUUGUACUGGCUUAAGCCAAUGAACCUUUCACAUCUGAUGUACCGUGGGGCUUUUAUGUAGCACUUUACAAAUCCAUGCUGCUUACUGUUUUAUUCUACCGAAUAAAUGCAUUUCAGCAAGAUUCUCAA